GCUUUGUAAUAGAAAAAAAAAUUCGUAUCGCGUGUGAUUAAAGUACACUUUAUAAUGAUAACAAGAGCAAAUUGAUAUUGCACAGAUAGAACACAUAUAGGCAUGAAAAACACUACUGCUACCGACGAGUAUAUCGUGUCUAUAUCGCGUAUGAGGAUGUAAAAAAACGAAAUGAAAGUAGCUAUUGUUGGUGGUGGAGUUGUCGGAUUAACGACGGCCGUAAUUGCGCAAAAUGGAUUUCUUCGUAAUGCUGAUAUAACAGUUUUGGCUUCGAAUUAUGAUGAUAUUGUCAGUUACGUAGCUGCAGGAAUUUUUAGAGUAGGUGCUUCAUUCGGUAGCUAUAACGAGGAGAAAGUAACGAAAAAAUGGAUAAAAGAUUCUUACGAAUUUUAUGAUGACAUUCGAAAAUCCGAUUAUGCCUCUUAUGCUGGAGUGACUGAUAUUUCUGGAUAUAUAUUUGCUAAUUCAUCUCCACAUACUGUUCAGAACCGUUGGCUUGAAAAUAUAGUCCCGGUAUACAGAAGAGCGACAGAGGAGGAAUUUCAAUUAGUUAAUGGCAAUUGGAAAUAUGGAUCAUUUUUCUCGACUCUUCUUACACAAACCAAUUUAUAUCUUCCAUGGAUUAAGCAAAAAUUGCUAAUAAAUGGAGUUACGUUUGAACAAAAAAAACUAAAUUCCUUCAAAGAACUAAGUGACAAAUUUGAUAUCAUAAUAAAUUGCACUGGACUUGGAGCACGUAAAUUAUGUGAUGAUAGACGUCUCGUUUCUAUACGCGGUCAAGUGCUCAAAGUAAGAGCACCGUGGAUCAAAACUUUCUUUUACGGCGAGCUCGACACUUAUGUUAUACCAGGUUUCGAUGGCAUGGUUACUCUAGGUGGAUCGAGAAACUUCGAUUCUGAAAAUAUAAGAUUAUGUCCAUACGAAUCAGCAGCGAUUCGCGAAAGAUGCGAAACAUUGGUUCCAUCUUUAAAAGAUGCGGAACUUUUGCGACAGGAAGUCGGUUUACGACCACAUAGAGAAGGCAGUGUUAGAAUUGGAGAGGGAAAUAUCGUUAACAAUGGUUGCUCUAAUAAAACCAUAAUCGUACAUAAUUAUGGACAUGGUGGUUACGGAGUUUGCAUGGCACCAGGAACCGCUAUUGCGACCGUCGAUACAAUCAUGGAAUUUCAUAAAGCUACCUGCUGUAAAAUAUAAUUGCUAUAAUAUAAAA